AUGACUCAUUACACCUCCGUUUUCGAAGUAUCAUACUGCCAAGGUAUCGCAGUUUUUAAGAACAACUGGGACGAAGACACGCUUCAUCGCCUUCUCGACUUACAAUGUGCCACAAAUAGUGGGUGUGGUGGACCGAAUUUCUUUGAAAAUCUUCCCUUCGUUGAUCGUGGCAGUUUGCCGGACCCUGAGGAGCUAUAUUUUGCCGAGGAGACCCGUCUACACAGGAGUACAACACCGGAUUUUGAGGAAAUCGCAGCAAGCACGGUGGAGGACGCACCUUUGCCGAAGGAAGAACUCGUAGGCAGUUCUGGCGAUGAGGAGGCUGUUCUUGCUGAAGAGGACCCGGUGGACGAGGAGGAGGCGGUGGUGGCGGCGGAGGAAGUUGAACCGGACCAGGCCUUUUCCGCCGAACCCUCAACAUGGCACAGAGGCUGUCCGGCAGAGCAACUCUGGGCAGCGCACAGCGACGUGCUGAGGACACCGGCUGCCUACUCCGCCAUGAUUUGUGGAGCUGCGCGAUUUGGCGGCGCUGACAGAGCCUGGGAGCUGGCAGAAGAAGCGGGCUCCAUGGCACUGUCCCUCGCUGCCUACAACGACCUCCUGCGUUGUGCACACGCUUGCUCCGAUGCUCGUGACAACGCCUGGCCCCGCGUUCUCCGUGGUUUCAAGCUCCUGCGCGCGUCGAAGUUAGCUCCCAAUGCACAGACCUUCGCCUCUGCUCUCUACACACUUUCUCAAAAUUGCCUGAAACAACUCAAUCAGGGCGAAACUCCGGCCGAUUACGCCGACAAGGCGCUGGGCUUGGUUGACGAGGCCAGACGCCUCGGGAUCCAGCCCACUAUGGGUGUGUACGCGAACCUCCUGCGCACCGUCUUGAACUCGCGUGUCCGUCGAUCCACUCUGGCUUACCGCAUGAACGACCUCUUGGCCGACGUCUUGAACGACCUGGAAACGCGGUGGAAGGCCAACAACCCACCGCCUCCGUGCCGCGCGGACGUCUUCACGUUGGACGACUACGACUUCGCGGGCGCAGCGAUGUUCUGCGCCACCCUCGACGACUCGCCGCUGUACAUCCAACUCGCCCAACGCGUCUACGACCUCUUCCACAAAGACGGCGACCGGCGCUUCCUGUUUCGCAGCAGUCUGGAGGCGAGGAGGUUCUACAUGCGCUACCUGUACGCCAAGUUGCGUGCCCCCGGGCCAUCGGAUCAGUCGGAGGUAGACGUGGUGAAGGCCACUCAGACGCUGUACCACCAACACCGCCAGGUCGUCCUGUCAAACCAGCGCACCCGUUUGGCGAUAAUCAAGAAGCUGAAGUCCGCCAAUUCCACUUGGGCUGACCUCUUCGCCAAGGCCAGGGAGGGUCAAUCGCUGGAUGCGGCGCAGCUCAGCGACGCGCAAGCUGCGAAUUCAUUGGCUCUCACGACGCUUGCUGAUAUCAUUUUCGAUUAUAUCGCGAUGGCUGCUAGACUCCCACCGCGACUGCCCAUGUCCAUCUCGAAUGCACUUCUGACGUUCUCAUUUAUUGACCCCUGGCCGCAAGUGAGCAUUCUCGGACAGGCUCCGCUGCGCGCCAUCUCCGAGGAGGGCGCGAAAAGUGCCAGUUUGACGGCUAAAGCCUUCUGUGAGGUGAUUAGUUUGCAGGAGCCCCGGAUAUCGCCUGUGCAGUUCCCAGUCUCGUCGCCCGAACUCACCUCCAUCAUCCGCAUGUCGCUCUUCAUCACGGCAUUCAACGCCUCCGAGGCGCAGACUGUGUCCCAACGCGAGGCCAACGAUCAGGCUCACUCGAAUGCCAUGGACCUGCUUUUGGCCGGCCAACGACACGGCAAGUUUACGGACGUGGGUGCAACCGAGAUUCUGAGGAGUUGUUGGUACACCAGUGGCAAACAAUUGACUCCUCGAGUCUGGAACCUCCUGGAGUACCUGUCGGGAAUGAAGUACCUCACUAGUCGAUUCCUUCAACACCCCUUCCUCGGCGAAUUAAUGCAGAUCCUUGAUGUCGCAGAACAAAGUCUACGACUCCCAAGUGCAGCGUCUGCCUACUCACAACAAACCGAUUCGAGAAUGGUGUCGGGACGAACUGAGACGGAUGCAGAGACAUUCAAUCGCCUUCAGGUGAUAAUUGCGCUUCGUCGGAAGAUUAGCGACUCGCAACUAGACAAAGCUCCCCAAACGUGA